UUGCGAGGUGUGAGGUGUAGGAGGAGUUGGGCUUUCAGGCACUAUAAAGUAUAAAUCUCUCUCUCUAUCUAAUCAUUCCCCUUUUACUGUUUUACUCUUUACAAAUUUUCCUCUCCUUUUUCGUGUUUUUACUCUUAAUUUUGCUUUUUGUUUUGGAUUGUCUCUUCUGAAUCAGAGAAAACCCUACCUUUUUUUUCUCUUUUAUUUCUUUGAAUUGGAACGAUCAAAAGAAGGAAUGGGUUCUGAAGGAUCGAGGGUUGUUGUGCCAAGGAAUUUCAGAUUGCUUGAAGAGCUUGAGAGAGGUGAAAAGGGAAUUGGGGAUGGAACUGUUAGUUAUGGAAUGGAUGAUGCUGAUGAUAUUUACAUGCAGUCAUGGACUGGGACUAUUAUUGGCCCGCCUAACACUGUUCAUGAGGGACGCAUCUACCAGUUGAAACUAUUCUGUGGCCUGGAUUAUCCAGAUAAUCCACCAAGUGUGAGGUUUCAAACCCGGAUAAACAUGACAUGCGUCAAUCAGGAAACUGGAGUGGUCGAACCUAGCCUUUUCCCCAUGCUUGCUAAUUGGCAAAGGGAGUAUACAAUGGAGGAUAUAUUGACUCAGCUGAAGAAAGAAAUGAUGUCUCCACAGAAUAGGAGGCUGGCUCAGCCUCCUGAAGGCAAUGAAGAAGCAAGGCUCGAUCAAAAGGGUUUAGUGGUGAAGUGUUGCAUCGUUUGAAGAUCGUCGGAGUUGUAUGAACAUAAUGUAUAUACAAUCUAUAUGCUAGAUAAAUCCAGCGACCGGCUUAGCACCAUCAAUAUAUAUAUGCUUCCUCUGUAUGGGAAAGAUGUCCCUGGCUCCACCUAAUGGUGGUUAAAUAAAGCGAACUUCUUAAUGAAUUGAUGACAUUUGAAAAUUUAUGACUUGUGCUCACUGCUGGUAUCGAUGAUAUGUUAGUUGGCGAGCAUUUUGUUUUUCUUGUUUCAUGUGUUUUUGUUUCCAUUUGAUGUAAUUUAGAAUGUAGUGGAGGACAACAUGAGUUGUUAAAA